AUGCCACCCGAAGGAAGCACGAGGGCUGGGAUACUGCCAGAUUGCCCAAGCCUAGACAGCGGAAGUCGAGUGGCGGAGGUCGGAUUCGAACCACGGACCUUCCGGUCAGUAAAUUCGCGCUCUAACCACUUGGGCCGUCUCGCCCCCUGUAUAAGGGACACCUUGUACCUGAUUUAUAUACCGCUACGAGGAGGCAAUGAACAGGAGUUACUCACUGGGUGCUCUUGUAUAGCUGGUUUGUGGAUGCGUCCUGGGAGAACCUCAGAACCGCUACUCCAGAAUCCAUCAGUUGUAGCACCCUUCCGGUGCCUGGCUGCCAUGCCACCAGAGGGCAGCUCGAGGACUGGGAUACUGUCAGGUUGCCUAAGCCUGGACAGGAGAAGUCUUGAAAGUUUCCCCCACUCUUAUUGUAGCUCCUUUGAUCUGUCGACCUUGUGUUUGGCACAUGCUGGCUGCUUAGGUUGGCGUUCUGUGCGGCCGUUGGCCACCGUACCAUCAAGUGGCCCUGACUUGCAGUUGGUCGGCCAGUGUAGUGCAGAAAUGGACGAGGAUAAUGUUCCAGCCCGGUUUCCUCUUGCAUCGACGAUACGAUUGGCCAAUGCCAGCGUCGACGAACUCCGUCAAGAGUUUCUCCAUUUCUUCCACAGUAACCGGCAUACUAUCGUUGCCCCGGCCACUGUGUUUCCGAAACUGGAUGAAGGCAGUUAUUUCGUUAAUGCUGGAAUGAAUCAGUUCAAGCCGCUUUUCUUGGGUCAGACAGACUCCAGCACAUCAAUGCAGUUUAGCCGCCUACGCAGAGCAACGAACUGCCAACCCUGUAUUCGUGUCGGUGGUCGCCAUGAUGAUUUGAAUGACGUGGGCUACGAUCGACAACAUCAUACCAUGUUUGAAAUGCUUGGAAGUUGGUCCUUUGGAGAUUAUUACAAGGCAGAAGCAUGUCGUUACAUGUGGACCUUCGUGACCAAAGUACUCGGUCUCCCACCGAAUGCCUUAUAUGUAACCUAUUUUGGCGGAUGCCCGCGACUGGGUCUUCCACCCGAUGACGAAACUCGAGAUAUUUGGUUGAAUUUGGGAGUGUUGGACCAAAAGCUACUCCCUUUUGGAAUGGAGCAUAACUUUUGGCGUGCCGGUCAAUCCAGCGGAGCUGGCUUGUGUGGCCCAGCCACGGAGCUACAUGUUGACUUCAAUGCUCUAAGCGACCAGGAUGGUCUGAGAUGUGCACGUUGCCUUAUCAAUUCAUCAAGCCCGCAAGUUGUGGAGCUGUGGAACACGGUAUUCAUUACGCACCGUCUUCGAGUGACGGAUGGCGACACGAUCGGUCCGGAUUCGUUUGAACCUCUAUCCAAGCAGUUUGUAGAUACAGGGAUGGGAUUGGAACGAUUGGCUUGUGUGAUGCAGGGUGUUACGUCCACGUACGAUUCAGACGUGUUUGCUCCGUUGAUGGCUUUUAUUCAGUCCAAGGCCUCGACCUCCUCGUGGACAGCACCCAGUUACACGGGCGAGUUUUUACCCUUCUGUCGCCAACCGAUUCGAGAUCCUGUGAAGACCGAAUCCACCAGCAGUCAGUCAACCACUAUGCAAAACCUGUCGAAGCUUCUCCGUGAAGUAUUUAUUCGAAAACGUGCCUGGAGACCAGCUUGCCCCACAAAACAGUGCAUGGAUUCUCACCCAGAUCGAGCGACACACCCAACGGCUUCCGAAUCUAAAGAUAAGCAGCACAUAGAAUUGCUCGAGCGUUGGCACCGGGACACUGCCUACCGGCUGCUGGCCGAUCACAGCAGAGCCCUGGCACAUUCGCUCUGCGACGGAUUGCUCCCAGGUCGACAGGGUCUUGCACUCAAACUUCGUCACCUCAUUCACCGCGCAACGCGAGCAGCCAUAUUGACGGGAUUAGAUCACGAAGAUGCUCCAGUCGCUCUCUUGGCUAGUCUGGUUGCUGAAGUAGCUCGCAGGAACGGGCUGGCAUCCAUGUCGAACAUCCCGACUCUACAAGGUCCCAGUGCGAGGCAGCCCAGUAGUCUUUCACCUGAAGCUAUGGAAUCUGUGAUCAACCAGGAAGUUCGCUCUUUUCUUCCUCGGCUACACGAUACAGAAACCUCCUUUCAGCGGUGUUUGGCGGAACAUCCUGAGACCACCCGUCUAUCUGUUGAUCAGGUCCGUGAUCUUCUGUUGGGGAAGUAUGGACUUCCGGUGUCUUGGGAUAUGAUUUGUGCUCAGUCUCAUUGGGCCGGUCUUUGUGUCCCCAACCCGGUACCUAUGAAUCCUACUUCCACUGAGGGCCAACAUACAAGCAGAACACAACCAAAGACCAUAUCCCGGCAGCUACACAACGCCAGUAUUCCAACGACUGACGAUUCAGCGAAGUACAAAUAUUUACGCAGCUCAGAUUCCCCCUGCUCAUCUCCCAGUUAUGUUAUCCCAGUUUGCCGAACACGCGUUGUUGGGCUGCUCCUUCCAACACAAAACAGUCAUGAGGGUCACAUUCUGAUCACACCAGAGGGACAAAGCAUCAAUUCUAACCUUCAGCCCGGUCAGUAUUCACACUCAUCACCUUUCGGAGUAAUCUGUGAGUGUACCAAUUUCUUCGCGCCUGAUGGAGGUCAGGACUGUGAUACCGGAACUCUUCACAUCGGGAAUCAUAAAUUCAGCGUGGAAUCUGUUGAGCGAAUCACCACGUCGAAUGAGAAUGGGUUUGAUUGGAUAGUACAUUGGUGUCGUCCGGUCGAUACAGCUGAAGUGGCGCCUGACAGCUUGCUUGCUACGCAAGAGGCCGAACUGUUUGUUGAUCAGAAGCGUAGAACACAACUCAUGUGCAACCACACCGGUCAACAUUUAUUUGUCUGGGCGCUGGAUACCUAUACACGUCGACUCUUCGGUGCCCAACAAGCCGCCGGGAUACAACUUCACGGGGGUUCCGUUCACGCUGACAGGUUCACAGUCAACGCCGCAAUUUUAGCUCCAUUGCAGGUACAGGAUGACCUCAUGAAACUGGUGCAUGAGGUUGAAACACUAUGUCAGUCUGUCAUUAAUCAAGAUUUACCAGUAUCCGCGGUGAAACUGCACUGGAAUAAGGUUGACAAGAACCCACGGGUUCGCCGAUUUCCUUGGGUAGACUAUCCCAGUGAAGUGAUCGCUGUUUGCGUCGGGGACACGCGGGUUCUCGAUAAUUCUGACCACGGGAGCGGUGAUGUUUCAGCGCAAGGCCUGACUGCCGAAUUGUGCUGUGGGACACACCUGCAUCAGACUGGAGAUAUUUUUGAUUUGGUUGUCACGUCGGUUCGCGCCAGAAAGCAGGCGGUAAAAGAGUUCACUGCUAUAGUUGGAGCAGCAGCUCGUAAGGCGCGUCUUCUCGGUGAGUCGCUGGUCACAGAAGCGUUGGAUCGUGAAUCUAGCCUCGACGUCAUCAACAUGAAUGAGCGGAUUGACUGGCUGACCACAAUUCUGAGCCAGACUAAUCCGAAUAAUCCCAACGCCCGACUGCUUCCUCUGGUGGCUCGCGAAAGACUGCAAGCAUGCCUGCAUCGAAUGAGGAAAGCGCGCGUUCUACCCCCAAUUGGAACAAACCAAAAUUUGGAUACGGUUGUUUCUGUUAUUCACAGAUUGAUCGCAGAUUCUCAGAACGCAGUCAUUUUGGCCCCAGUAGAGUUCGAUAAAGUCGAUGUGGUUGUGCAAGCUCUACUAUCAGUGGAACCUGCGAAACCAGUGAUUAUUUACUGUGGAAAUCUAGCGGUGUACUACUGCCCGCACGCUUCCUCACACUCGGAGGGCGCUGCGUUGAACAACGCACACAUUAUUGCACGGGAACUGACCCACCAACAGCCUCACUCCAAGUGGAAGAUCAAGGCACGUCCUCUACGUUCCAACGCAUUGAACGAAUCUAACCGCUUCAAGUUCGCCCUCUGGCAAAUCACGCCCACCUCACCCCAGGAUUCUGAUUCCAUACAGCAAUUCUGGAACCACUGCGGUUUUGAAACUAUCGUAACCACUCUGACCUCUAACCCAGCUGAUCGAAGAAAUAUUACUACCGGCGUAUAGUUCUUUGUCUAUAUCUGACCUGCACAGUCCUCACUGCAGCUUGUCCCUCCUCGCCGACCUCCC